UUAGCACCACAGUUGAGCACUGACAGCGAGACGCAACAGUGCCACCUAGAGCCCAACCAGAGGAUUAGCGGACUAGGAAGGAAGACCGUAAGGAAGGACGCAGCUAACAAUGACAGUGGACACGGUGCAGGAGACGCUGAAACAUGCGGCCACAUCGACAUCGGGACUCGGCUUCAGUCCCAUGCUCACCACCCUGGUGGGCACCAUAGUGGCCCUGGGACUGUACGAGUACUGGCGCCGCAAUACCCGCGAAUACCGCAUGGUGGCCAACAUACCGUCGCCGCCGGGACUGCCGCUGCUGGGACAGGCUCACAUGGUCGCCGGCCUGAGCAAUGCCGAGAUUUUGAAUGUGGGUCUCGGCUACCUGAACAAGUACGGCGAAACGAUGAAGACAUGGCUGGGCAAUGUCCUGCUUGUCUUCCUCACCAAUCCCAACGACAUUGAGCUGAUACUGAGCGGACACCAGCAUCUGACCAAGGCCGAGGAGUAUCGCUACUUCAAGCCCUGGUUCGGCGAUGGUCUGCUGAUCAGCAACGGACACCACUGGCGCCACCAUCGCAAAAUGAUUGCCCCCACCUUCCAUCAGAGCAUCCUGAAGAGCUUCGUGCCCACCUUUGUCGAACACUCGAAGACGGUUGUGGGUCGCAUGGGCCUGGAGACGGGCAAAUCGUUCGAUGUGCACGACUACAUGUCCACGACCACCGUCGACAUUCUGCUGUCCACUGCCAUGGGUGUGAAGAAGCUGCCCGAUGGCAACAAGAGCUUCGAGUAUGCCCAGGCCGUGGUCGACAUGUGCGACAUCAUCCACAAGCGGCAGGUGAAGCUGCUGUACCGCCUGGACUCCAUCUACAAGUUCACCAAGCUGCGCGAGAAGGGUGACCGCAUGAUGAACAUCAUUCUGGGCAUGACCAGCAAGGUGGUGAAGGAUCGCAAGCAGAACUUCCAGGAGGAGUCGCGCGCCAUUGUCGAGGAGGUGCAGGCCGUGGCGACGCCGGCCACCAAGAAGGAGGGACUGCGCGACGAUCUCGAUGACAUCGAUGAGAACGAUGUGGGCGCCAAGCGGCGUUUGGCCCUGCUCGAUGCCAUGGUUGAGAUGGCAAAGAAUCCCGAUAUCGAGUGGAACGAGAAGGACAUCAUCGAUGAGGUGAACACGAUUAUGUUUGAGGGUCACGACACCACAUCGGCCGGCUCCAGCUUUGCCCUCUGCAUGAUGGGCAUCCACAAGGACAUCCAGGAGAAGGUAUUUGCCGAGCAGAAGGCCAUCUUUGGCGACAACAUGCUGCGCGACUGCACCUUCGCCGACACCGCCGAAAUGAAGUACCUGGAGCGUGUCAUUCUGGAGACUCUGCGCUUGUAUCCACCAGUACCACUGAUUGCCCGCCGCCUCGACUACGACCUGAAGCUGGCCAGCGGCCCCUAUACCGUGCCCAAGGGCACCACCGUCAUUGUGCUGCAGUACUGUGUGCACCGACGGGCCGACAUCUACCCCAAUCCGACCAAGUUCGAUCCGGAUAACUUCCUGCCCGAGCGCAUGGCCAACAGGCACUACUACUCGUUCAUUCCGUUCAGUGCCGGUCCCCGCAGCUGUGUGGGCCGCAAGUAUGCCAUGCUCAAGCUGAAGGUGCUGCUCUCCACCAUCGUGCGCAACUACAUUGUCCACUCGACCGACACGGAGGCGGACUUUAAGCUGCAGGCCGACAUCAUUCUCAAGCUGGAGAAUGGCUUCAACAUCUCAUUGGAGAAGCGCAAGUACGCGACUGUCGCUUAGGGCUAUCUAAUCCAACCACCCAACACCCACCACCAACAACAACAACAACAACAACAACAACACCAACACCACCAGACGAUCCAACUCUGUAUAUAUGCUGGAGGAUAACGAUGAGGAAAGCGAACCGCACCGAACUGAACCGAACCGAUCCUGAACGAAAUGAAACCGAACAGUUAGUAGCCGCCAGUCAGCCAGAGAGUCAACCACGUGAGUGAUGGGUCCCAAACCACUGGGUAAAUCGCUUCAUGUUUUUUUUUUUUGCCUAUGUUAUAAUGUUUACUACACCCAUUUUUGUUGGUCAUAACCGCUGGUGGUGCGCCUAUAUCGGAUCCUAAUCCCCACUAUGCUACGCAAAAAAACUGUGUGUGCCCCCCAUAUGGGUGCCGCCAUAAUUAUUUCUUUUCCUUCUUUUUUAUCGUUUCAAAAAGAACCCUUUCUGUUUUCUUCUUUGCUUUUUUUGUUUUUUUUUUUUUGCCUAGCCAAUUAGUGUGAUUUCUAAUUUUUUUUUUCCAUCUACUGUAAUAUUUAUUAAGUCACAUGGUUUGAAUGAAACCCAAAAAAUAUGAAAAAUAUACUUACGCCAACGCAAGCGGCCAAUGGAGCUGCACAAAUGAUUAAUUUGAAGCACAUUCUGGUUUGAUUUAUUUUGGUAUUUUGAAUAAAGAAUAUUUCAAUAAUGUA